GAUAACCAGAAUUUAGAUUAUGGAAACCAAAAAGGCAAUUCAGACCACAACAGAACGAUGGCGUGGUCUCGGAGGCAUGUGUGUGUGUUUGACAGGCCAGGCUUUCGUACUGGACGACAUUUCGCACACUCAAUCUGCGAUUCCGAGGAAAUCGAACUUCACUGACAAGAAUGGAUGAGGGUUCGCAAUGAGUACUGUUUGGUAAAAUGCGUUCUCAAGCGAAAGAAAGCCCAAGAGGCAUCCCUAACUGUGAUUGUGCAUCUUGAUCCCUAUAUCCGAGGACGCCGCAGAUCGUCGCUUCAUGCCGCAAUUUCGGGGCGGAAACACCCAAGAAACCUUUCCGAAUAUCGCUCAAAAAUUUCUCACUAUACACCACAUGAACGACUUCAUGUUUCUCAACUUGAACAUGAAUCAUCACGCUCCACAAAUGCCCGGGGAACCCAGGGCUAUUCUUCUCAUCCAGUAAAUCGGGCAAUAUCGAGUGGCCAGAAACUCAAAGAGUUUUCUCGCGGAUUAACAGCGGGAAGUGGCAAUAUAUGGGACAGUUUAAGAUGGAAAGAGCUGCGCCUCUGUCAGUGGAAGAAUGGAAGGGGGCAGAAACGUGUUGUUGUCUCAGCUUGGGCUCACAAGAUGCCCAAGUAAGGAUAUGGUACUCGUUGCAGAGCUAUCGUUCAUCUACGCCAUCCGGCAGAAAUCGAUCCUCCAAGGCAUUUAGGUAUUGGCAGUAUGGAAAAUGAAGUGCGCGGGGUAUGAAGUUGAUUUCCAACGUGAGCUUGUUG